AUGUCAUUGUCGAACCCAACUUCAUUCUCAUCCUCGCCCCCAACCUCAUCGGCCUUGAGCGAGCACAAGCCCAUGCCAGCAACCCAGUCCAAGGUCCACGACCUAGCCCGUCGCUUCUCUGCCAUCUCCAAGCAAUCCGUUACCGAGAACGCUGUCUUGGGAGUUCCUCAAACCCAUCAGCGCAAAGGCUCGUUUGGUCGCACCGAAGGGUCCAAGGUCUCAGGUCUCCUGAACAAGUUUGCAGAGCCAAAGGCCAUUUCGACUGCACUUCCCUCUGCGGACUCUGUCUUUAAGUCUGGUGACGGUAGUGGUGCUCGUGCCAAGGAUGUGACAGGCAAGGAACAGCAGCAGCAGCAACAGCAAGGUGAUGAGACACCUCAGACUGAGACCGUGCAAGGGGUUGUCGCCGAUGCGGAGGAUGAUGUGGACAAGGAAAUUGAGUCGAGUUUGAAUGUGAAAGAUUUGUUGGAUAAGGUACUCCAGCUGGACUUGGACUUGGUGGAUAUCCCGCUUAGCAAUGGCAACAACGAUGAUGAGCUGGCCAAAGAAACUGUGGAGGAGCCCGUGAGCGAGACUAUCGAGGCUCAGGGAGCAGAGACGGAGGAGGAGGAGGCAAAGCCAGCUGAACAGGAGCAUCAGAAGAAGGAGCAAAAGCACGUCCCUGGUCUCCUGAAUGAUGAGGAUACUGGUGUAAUGUUAAAGGGAAGCCUUGAUGCAGCAUCAGCAGCCGGAAAGGGAGAGGAAAGCCUUCGUCAUCGCGACGACAGCAGCCUUGGGGUCGAGACCGAGAACCAUAGUAUAUAG